AGGUCUGUUUAGAGAUCCAACUGCACAGUCAGCUUCUGCAACACAACAGUGCCUUUAUCAGAGACGAAGAAGGGAAUCCAGCGGAAAUCAAGAGCGUGGAACUGAUCAACCAGACCUCGAUACAUCCCUGUGUGAGAUGGGAAAGCUUUGCCCAUUAUGGAUCAGCUGUUAUUGUCAAAGAUGGUUGUCAAGGGAAGUUUAACGUCUGCUAUUCUACAGGUGCCCCUCAACCAUCAGUUCCUAUAACAGAAUCGCAAGACUGCCUGACCGUGCGUCUGCUGAGCCAGGUACGAAAGCCGGCGGAGAAAACCAUCCUGAGAUCCGACGGGAAGGGAGAUUUGAUCGUCAGCAUGGCUCUGAUAGAGUCCUUCUCAGCCGUUACUUGCAUUCUUGGCCUCACUUUCAACUACCUAGCCCACAAGGUGGAAGCCAGAUACGGCUGCAGGGGAGAUUUUCGUGUUUGUUUAGACCCUCUGAUAAUUUUAGAUCCUGAUUUGCCAGAAAUAUCUAGAAAUUUGGAAACACGGAAUUGA